GUACCAUAGACCCCUGUUCCUUAGAAACCAGGCGGCGUGUUCCCGGUAUCGGUGCUCUGGAUUCCGGCGCGCGCGCAUCCGCACUAGCUCCCUCAGGGCAGGCGGACGGCCUCGAAACCCGUCCGGAUCCAUGGUCUCGCGUGCAGCUCUGGGCGGGCAAUGCCAGCAUGCCAGGAGCCAUGUUUGAUCAGGAUGACGGGACGGUCAGCUGCAUCCCGGGGACCCUUGUAAGGACAUGAGUGCUUGAGCAGAGGCCAGGAUGAAGUUGCUCCCAGGAGUGGGUGUGUUCGGGACUGGCAGCUCAGCCCGGGUCCUGGUCCCACUGCUGAGGGCAGAGGGCUUCACCGUGGAGGCCCUGUGGGGGAAGACCGAGGAAGAGGCAAAGCAGCUGGCCGAGGAGAUGAACAUCACCUUCUACACCAGCCGCACGGACGACGUCUUGCUGCAUCAAGACGUAGACCUGGUCUGCAUCAACAUCCCACCUCCGCUCACCCGGCAGAUAUCCGUGAAGGCUCUAGCACCUGUUGUGAAGCUUCAGUUGUCUGGAGAAGAGCAGGAAAUGGAAGGGGAUCCUGGCCUGACAUCACUGGACGUAGUGACGCCAUAUUCUACGGGUGCUCCUUGCUGUAGCAGAAAGGGUCAGCAUCCUGAGGCUCCAUUAUGUGUUGAUGAUAACUGUUCUGUGGACUGCUCAAGGGUCAGGGUGCUUGGGAGGAAUUGGGAAGAACGUUGUAUGUGAGAAGGCAGCGACAUCCAUGGACGCCUUCCGGAUGGUGACCGCAUCUCGCUACUACCCACAGCUGAUGAGCUUGGUGGGGAACGUUCUGCGCUUCCUGCCUGCCUUCGUGCGCAUGAAACAACUCAUUGCAGAGCACUACGUGGGCGCCGUGAUGAUCUGCGACGCUCGCAUCUACUCCGGAAGCCUGCUCAGCCCCAGCUAUGGCUGGAUCUGUGACGAGCUUAUGGGGGGCGGGGGCCUGCACACCAUGGGUACCUAUAUCGUGGACCUGUUGACCCACUUGACUGGCCAGAAAGCCGAGAAGGUGCACGGGCUCCUCAAGACCUUUGUGAGGCAGAAUGCCACCAUUCGUGGCAUCCGCCAUGUCACCAGUGAUGACUUCUGUUUUUUCCAGAUGCUCAUGGGUGGCGGGGUAUGCAGCACAGUGACCCUCAACUUCAACAUGCCAGGUGCCUUUGUGCAUGAGGUCAUGGUAGUGGGCUCCGCAGGGCGCCUUGUUGCCCGGGGAGCUGACCUUUAUGGGCAGAAGAACUCUGCUGCACAGGAGGAGCUGCUGGUGAGAGACUCUCUGGCUGUGGGCGCAGGGCUCCCUGAGCAAGGUCCCCAGGAUGUCCCACUGCUUUACUUGAAAGGUAUGGUCUAUAUGGUUCAGGCCUUGCGUCAGUCCUUCCAGGGGCAGGGGGAUCGCCGUACCUGGGACCGCACCCCUGUCUCUAUGGCUGCCUCAUUCGAGGACGGACUGUAUAUGCAGAGUGUGGUAGAUGCUAUUAAAAGGUCCAGCCGGUCUGGGGAGUGGGAGACUGUAGAGAUGUUGGCAGAGGAGCCAGAUGCCAACCAGAAUCUAAGUGAAACACUACAGCGGAACAACCUGUGAACCUGCACACGCGCGCUUCCUCCCAAGGGCCAGAGGAUCCAGGGAGGGCACUGGGAGCUGGGAUUGGCUGUAGCAGAGACGCGGUGUCGUUUGUUUAAUAAAUCAGCUUGGGGCAGGGUUAGGAGCCAACUGAAGGUGGCCAAGGAAAACACCCACCCAUCCAUCCAUCCAUCCAACCAUCCAUCAUUGAUUCCUCAGACUUGCCAGGCAGCGAACGCACCUGCUGUCGUAGCUUAGGCUAGCAGUAUGUGCAGGAUAGAGCUGUAGCCUGGCCCCUUGUGGUUCUGCCAGUGAGCAGGGCCAACGAAGAUCAACAUGGGCUCUUCAGGCUGAGUUGUGGUCUCACAGGAUGAGAAAACCCAACAAGGAACUAGCUUGGUUGAGUCCUUAGGGUAGAUGGCAAGAAGCCUUGCCUGUCGUGGACCAGGGCAUCUCAGGACUGGAGAAGGCGGUGACAGGUCAUCCCUUAGGGAUCUUCCCCCACCCUCCCAUGCGAUCUGAUCCUUUCAUCCCCCUUGCAAGCCCUUCCAAGAGAAAAGGAGGUUUCUGUGUUAUACAUAACUCUGGGGGGGGGGGGCGACUUGGCAGAGAGAAGACAAAAGGGAACUGUAGAACAUCUGAGAAAUGUCAGUAAAUAAGUCAGAAAAGAACUGACAUCAUGGUGUGUGGUCGUUUGUUUGGGGUUGGAUUUCUUUAAUAAUGGAAGGCUUGUUUAUGGCUGUAGAUCUGUUGUUCUCCCUUCUUCACGGGCUCCAGAGCAGCUAUGAGCUUAUGGCUCCCAAAAACUCUUCAAAUAUCUGCAGCAGAGAGGAUAUGAGGCUCCCUGUUAGGCUGCUGCCAAACCUGCCAUUCCCAGAAGACAGGAUGAGAUCCUGGGGUCCCCUAGCCUGGAUAUCAUGAGAGGUUCUUUUUAUUUUAUUUUAUUUUACCUAUCUAUCUAUCUACCCAAGUAUCUACCUAUCUAUCCAUUUAUUUAUUUGUUUGUUUGUUUGUUUUUUCCGGGACAGGGGUUCUCUGUGUAGCCCUGGCUGUCCUGGAACUCACUCUGUAGACCAGGCUGGCCUUGAACUCAGAAAUCCACCUGCCUUUGCCUCCCAAGUGCUGGGAUUAAAAGCAUGUGCCACCAUGCCCGGCUCUUUUUAUUUUUUAAAAGAUUUAUUAUAUAUUUAUGUGUCUGUAUGUGUAUCUAUGUUUGUGUGAUCUCAUGAGUGCAGGUGCCCAAAGAGGCCAGAAGAUGGCAUCAGAUUUCCCAGUGCAAGUGGAUGCUGGGAACUGAACCUUUAACUGCUAAGCCAUCUCCAGCCCCGGGGUUCUGUUAUGGAAGCUAUGGUGUGGCUGGCUCCAGGAGAGCCCUCGGGAGGAGCUUAAGGAGGAAGGGACCUGUGCCACCCUUUAGAACAGGUUUAACUGGCACUACUUGAGUCAGCCAGCCAGCCACCAGCUGUGCUUAUUAACUGGGACAGGUCGGAGCUGGGUGGGGACUUGAAGGUGGAGGAUUCUCCCCCUUUUGUUUCCCUUGUCAUCUGCUGGAUUAUGACGUCUCAGUGAAGCCUGUUCUUUCUUGUUUUCCUCCUCAUCCGGGCUCCUUGCCAAAAAGGCCUGGGGAGGCCUUCCUCUUCCUCUUCCUCUUGGCCUGACUUAUAGAAACCAUCGGACCUAUGUCCCCGUGCUGCCCUGAUUUCAAACAUCGUCUCUGUGAGGCAAAGUAAGGUUGGAAUGUUAUUGCUGUGCUGGCCCUCCAGAGUAAAUCAUGUUUAAGGCUAGCCUGGUCUAUGUAGCAAGAACAUGUCUCAAAAGAAAACAAAAUCUAUGCCCAUUGUCUCUGACCAGGGGAAGCAGAGGCAAAGUUACUAGGUCGGGACUUUAGCUCCUAACCUUAAAGUGCCCUUAUUCCAACACUGGGGAAUCUUCUCUCAGAAACCUAGGCAUUCAUUGACUUUCUGCAGCAACAUUCAGCCUGGCUUGAACUACAAAGGCGCUGCACAGUGCCCACCCUCGGGAAGCUAACAAGACUGGCCAUUUCUAGCCCACUCCGCUCAGCUCCAGCUGUCCUUGAAUAUUUAAUAUGCCAAGAUCCCGCCUAAGUUGAGGAUGUCCAUGAAGACCAAAGCUGUACCUGUGAAAAGUGUUUUUUUGCUGACUUGGAAAUGGUGGGUAGGUUUUAGAGAGGUUUGUGCUCAGAGAACGCCUCCCAGUGCUGGAAGAGGGGGUAAGUAGACAUGGGGCGGGACUACUAUUAUGAAGACACAGGGACUUUGAGGGCACCUCUCAGAGUCUAGAUCCAGACCCCUGACAACUUUCCACCUCCUUGGAACAAGAACUUGCAGUCACUAAGAGUGAGCUGAGUGGAGCCUUUAUGGCCCAGAUGGUGAGAGCCCCUGAGCGAGUGAGCCAAACUAGUUCUAGACUUGUCCUGCAGCGCCCCCUCCUGGAAGAAGGCAGCAGCUUUUAGGUAGAAGUUUCUUCUGAGUUAGCCCUUUGAUAUAUCCCAACCAGAUGAGAAUUUCCAAAAUGCCUGUCCAGAGGGGGGGGGGGGGCGGGGAGCGGGCGGCUGGAGAGAUGGUUCAGUGGUUAAGAGCACCGGCUGUUCUUCCAGAGGUCCUGCGUUCAAUUCCCAGCACCUACAUGGCAGCUCACAAUUGACUAUAACUCCAGUUCUGGGGAUCCUACACCAUCACACAGACCUAUGUGUUGGCAAAAGAAAACAAUACACAUGAAAUGAAAAUAAACAAAAAAAUUUUU